CCACUCACUCACUCUUGGAGACAACACAAUGGGAAACAACAUCAAUACCGAGUUCCAAUGUUACAAAAUACAAAUAUUAAAUCAAAACAUCUUAUAGAGUGACCACAAUCACUUUCAACUCAUCUUCUUCUAACCUCAUUUUCUCUCAUUCCAUCCUUAUUACUUUCCUACCUAUAUUUCAAGGUAAUUGUUUUCAUUUCAUUGAGUUGCAAUUUUGAUUUUCAAGUGCCUUUUGUGUUUCUCACUUUCUUUGCUACAAAUCCUAAGUUUGUAAUAUUGAUGGAGGAGAGACCAGAGACAGAACUGAUAUCAAUACCAGCAACACCAAGAGUGUCAACACCAGAGAUACUGACACCAUCAGGGCAAAGAUCACCAAGACAAGGAUCAAAAGAAGCUAAAUCAUCAAAUGCAUGGACUCCAACAUCUUUCAUAUCACCAAGGUUUUUGAGUCCAAUAGGGACACCAAUGAAAAGGGUUCUCAUAAACAUGAAGGGUUACUUGGAGGAAGUUGGUCACCUUACAAAGCUCAACCCUCAAGAUGCAUGGCUUCCUAUAACUGAGUCUCGCAAUGGAAAUGCUCACUACUCUACUUUUCAUAACCUUAAUGCUGGUGUUGGAUUCCAAGCCCUUGUUUUGCCUGUUGCUUUUGCUUAUCUUGGAUGGAGUUGGGGAAUUAUUUCCUUAACUGUGGCAUACUGUUGGCAACUUUACACCUUAUGGAUUUUGGUUCAGCUGCAUGAAGCAGUUCCAGGUAAAAGGUACAACAGAUAUGUGGAGCUAGCACAAGCAGCGUUUGGGGAAAGAUUAGGCGUAUGGCUUGCACUUUUCCCAACUGUUUAUUUAUCAGCAGGAACUGCCACAGCUUUGAUUCUCAUUGGAGGAGAAACCAUGAAACUGUUCUUCCAAAUAGUUUGCGGUCCAACAUGUACCUCAAAUCCAUUAACCACAGUGGAAUGGUACCUUGUUUUCACUUCUCUAUCCAUUGUCCUUUCUCAACUUCCAAACCUCAAUUCAAUUGCAGGACUCUCACUAGUAGGUGCUGUUACAGCCAUUACUUAUUCCACCAUGGUUUGGGUACUUUCUGUGAGCCAACAAAGGCCACCUUCUAUCUCUUAUGAACCCUUAUCGCUUGCAUCGCCUUCUUCUUCGUUAUUUCUCGCCUUGAAUGCGCUUGGAAUUGUAGCCUUUUCUUUCAGAGGACAUAAUUUGGUUCUUGAAAUUCAGGCCACAAUGCCUUCAACAUUUAAGCACCCGGCUCGCGUGCCAAUGUGGAAAGGAGCCAAGGUUGCUUAUUUCUUCAUUGCAAUGUGCCUAUUCCCUAUUGCCAUUGGAGGCUUCUGGGCCUAUGGGAACCAAAUGCCUUCUGGAGGGAUUCUGACAGCUCUAUAUGCAUUUCACAGUCAUGACAUCUCAAGAGGAAUUCUAGCCUUAACAUUCCUUCUUGUAGUGUUCAGCUGUUUAAGCAGUUUCCAGAUAUACUCAAUGCCAGCUUUUGACAGUUUUGAAGCUGGUUACACAAGUAGAACAAACCGGCCUUGUUCUAUAUGGGUUAGAUCAGGUUUCAGAGUUUUCUUUGGAUUUGUCUCUUUCUUCAUUGGAGUUGCACUUCCUUUUCUCUCAAGUCUUGCUGGUUUGUUAGGAGGACUCACUCUUCCAGUAACUUUUGCAUAUCCAUGUUUCAUGUGGGUUCUUAUUAAGCAGCCAACAAAAUAUAGCUUCAGUUGGUAUUUUAAUUGGAUUCUUGGUUGGUUGGGAGUUGCUUUUAGUUUGGCUUUUUCAAUUGGUGGAAUUUGGAGCAUGGUCAAUGAUGGACUCAAGUUGAAAUUCUUCAAGCCCAAUUAAUUUUAUGUUUUUCUUUUUCUUUUUCAUUAUGUCAUGCACAUGUGGAUGGUUUGAAUUGAUGCACUUUAUUAUAGUUUCACAGAACGAAUGGUCUAAAAUUUAGUGCAUGCUUUAUCUUUGGUGGAAGAUUUGGUUCUAUUACGAGAAGUAAAGUGGAAAGUAUAAGUUUGAGACAGAGCUAAACUUCACCAUUCCUUUUGAUGCUCUUCAAUUUCUGUUAUCUCUUAGUGUUUUAGCCUAUAGUUUUGAAGCUUGUUAUGUUUAGAAUGUAAAAUAAUGAUUGUAUGUUUGUAUUCAUAAUUGCUGAGUGUUACCUCUAGAACCCCCAACUCCCCAAAAGAAAGUAUUGGAAAAUGUGGAAAACAACGAUUCAUUUUUACUUUCCAA